AUGGAAUGUCUGGCCAGCAAAGGCUCAACUGAAGAAGACCUACCAUUGUCGCCCGAUCUGGUGCAUCAAAACCAACCCGGGCCCUCCAAUCCCUACCUUGCCCUCCCACCGCCUGAAGACGAGAUCCCCGACCUCAACAAGUUGCCCUCCAAACAGUCACCCUCACCCCCGCCUACCACACCUGCUCCUACCAUGUCAGGUCACCAUCGCAUCACCCUUGCCGCCAACCCUCCCUACUUCGAUGGGGACAAGUCCAAAUAUCUGGGCUUUGUGGACUCGUGCACCACCUACAUUGGUGCCUACCAAUCAGAGUUUUUGCAGGACGAGACCAAGAUCCUCUUUGUCCUCUCCUACGUCCGUAACGAGACUGGCACGGGCUGUGCUGCCUCAAGUUGGGUGAUGAACUGGAAGCAGCACAACUUCGAUGGCUUCCAGGGACUGAAGGCAGGGGUCACAUCACAGAAUUUCCUGGAGGAGCUUCAGAGGGCCUUUGGGGACUCCAAUGCGGAACAAGUCGCCGCUGCUCGACUCAUGGCCCUGCGCCAAAACAAACGGUCCUUUGCAGACUACAUCUCCGACUUUGAGAUGUUGGCCGCAGAUGCGGGAUACAAUGUGGUCGACACCACCGACGACAAGGGUGAAUACAAGAAGGGGGACCAAGACAAUAUCCUCAUUGAGUUCCUGGAGCGCGGUGAUAGGCUGGCUACCAGAUGUGCUCUGCACCGGCUCUGUAAGGGCGUAUUUUUGCGCUUUUUACAGAGUUUACUCUCGAACCAUUUGGUGUAUCAUGUCGCGGUUGACAGUGUUGCGCUCAGUAGGACUUAA